GCUGUAUAUUUCCUUUCACGGGGCAGCCUUAAAAACAUACAUAUGAAGUACCUUAGUUCCACACUUUACUCACUCUCAACAACAAAGAAGCCAACACCACCCGACAACAAAUAUUGUCUCUAGUCUCAAUCUUGUGCUUCUCAACCAAACUAACAAAGCCACCACCCAACAUUUUUCUUAUGUCCUGAGUCCCGAGUCCUGAGUCCUGACUCGAUUCUUUGUUGUUUUCUCGCCCUUGGGCUUUGGGAGGUUCUUAUUAGUUCCAUUUCAGGGCUCUCCUCCACCAUCUCUUCCAUUCCCUUUAGAACCCUCUUAUCUUCAUUCUCUCUUCUCCAUCUGCAUUUUCUUUGCCUUUUCUCUUCCUUGUUUACUUCUUUUAAAAAGGGUUGCUGAAUCUCUGUUGAGUUUUUCCUUUUUAAACUCUUAUUUUCCAUGUUUCUCCAUUUGUGAAAAAGUGAUAGCAAACAAGAUGAAGCAUCGAACCUUGCAUCAAUGCUUGGAGGAGAUGACGGGAAUUUUGUAGAGUUCUUGGUGAUUAUACAUAUAAAAAAAGGGGGGGAGGGGGAGGUUAAAGCGACAAACCUCUUCUUAAGUACAAUUACUUUCCAGGGGCCAAAAGUACAAUCUCUUCUCCUUUAUCUAGAGGUUCCUUCAACAUUCAAUCAUUCUUUGAACCGGCUGCCCGAUUGGGCUCCUAGUCUACCAUCAUGGUUUCCAAGAUGAAAGGGAUAUACAAAGGUUUCAAAUUCAUUUCUCAAAUCUUUGUUGUGAAGGAGCGAGAGAUGGAAAUUGGGUAUCCAACAGAUGUCAAACAUGUGGCUCACAUUGGUUGGGAUGGCUCUUCUGGCUCUGCACCCAGUUGGAUGAAUGAAUUAAAGACAGACCCUGAUUUCACAGCUACAUCAAUUGCUAACUCCAGAGAUUCUAAUCCUACAUGGUCCUCUCAAGAUUUAGAGCAAUCAAUGGGAUGCCAACCUGCAACAGAGAUGAUGAGGAACCUGUCUGGCAAGGAUAUCCCAAAUAUUCCUAGGAAACAUAAGAGAAAAAAGAAGACAACUUGCUCUCCCAAGUGAUACAUUUAUGUAAUAAGAUUGUGGUUUUUGAUUUCCACUCAUCGGUGAUCAAUGUAGAAGUCCCGUUUAGUAUUCAAGAUAUUCAUGAAGAUUAGAAAGAAGUGCCAGAAUUUGAACCAAAAGCUAGUGUAAAUUUGAAAAUCCUAUUUAAUUUACAAAAGGUUAAAUUAAAUUAGGUGUUGAACGAAAAGGAACGAAAGACCUGACUUACCUAAUGGCAGAAGAAAGUUUCUGGUUUACUGCGAGUAAUGGUGCUGCUAAAUUUAGUUGUAUUGAGUUGUCAGUGGAAAGUUUUGGUAAUUCAGAUUAUUGGCUCCGACAAGUUUGUAAAGGAAUCUAAC